AUGCUCAGACUGGAUUCCAGGCUGGCAGAACCAUCAUCCCUUUGUGAAAAGCCAAAUGAGAGAACAAUGUUGAAGUUCUGGGGCUUGCCCACUGCAAAGGCUGGUGGGGCUGGAAUGCUGCCCAGCAUAUGGCUUGCUUUCUUGAAUAAAGGAUAUUGUGCGUCUGCACAAUUGGAGAACGAACCCAAGUCAGAGGAUGAUAUAUUUGUUAAUGCAUAUGGAGCCCAACGCUGUUCGGUACUCCUCAAGCAUAUCAAAUGCAGAGGUAUUCUUGUCAACGGGAUUUGUAAGAUCAUUAGCUUCGAAAAGUCCUCCAUUGCCGUAAGGAAGCCCAUCAGGAGCAUCAACAAAUGGUUCAUCAAUUCUCAUCCUCAUGCUGUUGCUCAAGUUCGCCAUAUUCUUCACCAGCAGUUUGCAAUAGCUUUGAGGUGUCAUCAACAGACUCGGCAGUCUGCUCGUCAAGUUUGCUGUAGGCAGAUUGGGGAUUUAAUGGAGGAGAGAUAUCAGAUGGAACAUCUGUUGAUCCAAGAAUCUGACCUUUUGGAACAAAUUCCAAUUCAUCAUCCUCCCAUUCCUCUUCCACAAAAGGUGCUCCAUACUUUUCACCGUUCUUUGGCCCUGAACCACUCUUCUGAAAGAUUCGGCAAAGCACAAAUGCAUCCUACCCAACAAAAUAUGCAACAGUUCUUAAGAAUAGCCCUAAGAUCAUGUUUCAAUGGCAGCAUUCAGACUAACAUGUCGUAUGAGGAGAUCAUACCUGAACGAUCCCAGCUCUCUCCAGCUCCAGACAGCCCUGUCUUUUCCAGUGGUCUUCCAAUAUCCUUUUUCUGUAGCUCGAUUUGUCCUUGCUCCAUUACCAUACUUCUUGUCCAGCACACUGAAGAAGUACCACUCCAGAUCUCUAGUCCUCAGCUUCGAGAAACCUACAAGAAACGGGCCAUUAAUCUCAAGAUUAUUACAAUAACAUGA